AUGGACACGAGUGGCGCCAACUCCAGGGUUGUCAGGGAUUUGGAUAAAGUAGAGAUGCCCAUGAUAAAAGAUGCUCUGGAUGCCAUCACGAGCUCAAUUGAGAAGCCAAAUACAGAAGCCUGGACCGAUACUAUUGACUGCGCAAAAGAACUCCUACUGAAAUCCGCAGAGCCAGACCCAGAUGAAGAGCUACUUCAGGACACCUUCGGACAUAUCUUCCUUCUCACCCCAGAUACUGAUAGGCUUCCUUCCAAGUCACUGGCGCACGAGAAGCUGACGUUCCACAUCAUCAGUCCUGCAGGCGCCCCGAAGAAUGAUCAGUCCUCCAUUCACUGCAAUGGAUGGAAAAUGCGCUCGUUAUCUGGGAACGACACACAAGUCGUGAGCGCAAAGAAGGAUCUUGACCCAACCAGUGUGUCGAACCGACUUCGAGUUCUAAUCCCUCAAGCUCGCAGUGGAAAGUUCUUGGGAAAUCUGACCGAGCUUGUCCUGGAGGUUUCCGCGGGCCCAGAUUGUGUCAUUGAGGGCGUCAUAGGCAAAGUCAAGUUCACCAAGCUACACCCUGGUGAAGUCUUUACGGUACUGUUCAAGCUCAGAGUUCCUGCUGCAAGGGUACAGGAGUACGCUGUAUCUCGUACUCCAACACGGUCAUCAGAGGCGUUACCGAAUACUCAAGAUAUCCUGAGUCAGCUGGACAGGAUGCUGGGGACUACAGACGCAAAGAUACUCUGUGCGACACUCACGUACAAAAACUCGUUGCUUCCAGCAGGCACUACGUGCUCCGUCACGACCGUGUGCCACACGAAGAAGGGCCUUCCAGAUCUUGAUCAAAAGCCAAGCCCUUCGAAAUUCAGGUUGCUUCAGGCCAGAGAUUGUACCGUCUUGGUGCAUAAGCGCCUCGCAUACCAUCUGGCCACUCAUGGAUCACCCAGAAACGCUUUCAAAACUCUACACAGCGAGUUCGGUGAUAGAUUUCAGCUCUCGCUCUGCCCAGACUACAUCAAUCUUCUCGCCAAAGAGCUCAAAUACCAGGCCAGGAUCGUGGAGCGCCUGGAGAUCGGGGUGUCGCCUAAGAAGUCUUCCGCCGUCCACGCUGCCAGCAGCCCUUCUGAAAACCGCGGCCAAAGCUCCUUUGGUGCUGAACUACACAAGCCCCAGCAUUGUGCCACCAGUGACAUUCCAACCGAGGAGCUUUUCAAAGUGGAGCCAGCUCUAGCCGUCCUGUCCCUCAAAGAGUCAAGAGAGCAUCUGCGCACAGACGAGGCGCGGAGAAUAUGGGGCGACCUGAGGAAGAUGAAGAGACCGCCUGACCAGACUGUGAGGGGUCGAUCGGUAAGCUCGCAGUUAGAUGAGGCCAGGAAAAAGGGUAUCAAGGAACUCGCUGUCAAGAACAAGAGGAGUCUGGGAUCUGAUACUCUCAGGAGUAUCUUCUCGGCUGGGGAGAGCAUGGGAAAGGGGCUUGGUUCACCUUGGAUGUGA